GAACCAGGUCCAGAAGCUGUAACAGGUGAGACAAAUGUAAAAGAUGUCAUAUGGCAUCAAUCUUCAGAGAACAAAGAGCUUGAGAUAAAAUAUCAAGCUGGAGUUUCUGAAGAUCCCGAAAAAGAAGAAUCUGAAGUCGAGAUAAUUUUAGAUCCUCCAAGUAGAAAGACAAGCAUUACGCAAGAAAACGAUGGGCAUGUUAAUCCUCAGACAAGCAUUAGCACAGAAUCUAACGAUGCAACUAUGAAAUCUGAAGAUCGAUCUGAAAAUAGUCAAUCGCCCUCAAGCAAAGAAUCUCCAACAUCACCAUUAACAGAGGAUCAAGAAAAGGAACGCGCACAACCUACUCAAUCAUCUAAACGAUACUCGACAAGAAGAGUUGCUACUACGCCGGCGACACAGGCAACUGAACAAGAGGUAGCGGGAAGUGACGUUGGUCCUUCUCGAGUUACUAGAGAAAUUCCACCAUCAGCGGUUUAUGCACCUCCGUUCAGACCCAGAUCAAUGACUCUCUCAGAAGACAAAGAAGUCAGUGUCGAGGAAGAAAAUCUUCAACCUCAACAGCCAUUGGACACACCGAUUAGAUAUUAUACCCCAAAUAGGGUUCCAAUGAUGCCAUCAAGAAGUAAUAAUUUAAUGGAAAACAAUUCUGGAAUAGCUGUGUCUCCAACUCAAUUUGAGAGCAAUGGGAUGGUUUAUUAUUAUGACCCAAACGUGUAUCAACAACCUUAUUAUUAUUAUCCCUCAGUUGAAACUAAGGAUGGCAAUGAUAAGGCACCAUAUAUACCACAACCACCACCAAAUGCAGUAUUAGAUAAUGGCGUUUAUUAUUAUUACCCUGUUUACUAUCAGUAA